GGUUAGCAUGCAUUAAGUUAUAAAAGUGAUAAGAGCAUACUCUACUUGCUUAACAAAUAUAAUACACUAAUAAUUUAUCAAGUUCUUGCGCGUUAUUCUUAAAGCUGUACGAUACAUAACUGAAAUUGGAGACCAAUUGUACUUCGUUAUUGUUUCUUGAGUAAUACUUUAAGCUUUAAAAAUGGAAAAAUAUUUGGAAGAAGUAAGGAAUAAUAUUAAAUGCCGGGAGAAAGUUAUAGCUCAGCUGUACUCUUUAAUCGGUGCAGCGAACGAACCAAUGCCAGAGAGCAUAUUUGUGUACGGUCAUACGGCUACUGGAAAGUCACUAGUUAUAGAAAGUUUGCUCAAACAUUUAAACUAUAAUGCCAGCUAUAUUAAUUGUAUGGAGCAUUUAGGCAGUAAGCACAUGUAUAAUUAUAUGUUGGCCGAUUUGACUGCGUCUAUUAACGAACCGAGCAGUGAUGUUCUGUCGAACUACAGCUGCGACAAUAUCAUGGACUUUAUACUUGCGCUUAAGAAAAUUUUGCACAGCGAUCAACGUCCGAUCGUGUUAGUAUUUGACAAAUGUCAUAGGAUAAGGAAUUUCGAUGUAACUUUUCUGCCAGCCGUCUUGAGGCUCAGGGAAUUAUCCAAUGUUAAUAUAUGUACAAUCUUUAUAAGCGAGAUUACGUGGGACAAAUUUAAUACUAAAAUAGGUACAUUGAACCCUAUAAGGAUUUACUUUCCACAGUACACCAAGGAAGAAUUGGCUCAAUUGUUGUUAUUGGACAAACUAGCGAAAUAUGAUACGGAUUUUUAUAAGAAUUAUUUGAAUCUCUUCCUCUCUGUGUUCUUCCGAUUUUGUAGAGAUCUAAAUGAGCUUCGACACAUGGCCAAAGUCAAUUUUGCCAAAUAUGUGGAACCCAUAGAAAGUAAACAAAUUGAUCCAGACAAUGUUACUGCUCUGUGGCGAAAUAUCUCUGCUACUUUGAGGUCUAAUCUCGAAGUGAUUUAUCUCCGAGUUUCUGCCGGCGAUUUUUCGCAACCUGAUUAUCAGAUAUCUCGAGAAAUUGAAUCGACGACGAAGUUAGCUCUGAGUUUCGAGCUACCGUUUUACGCAAAGUAUAUGUUGAUUGCUGCAUAUCUAGCUUCGCACAGUCCAGUAAAAUAUGAUCAACAUAUUUUUAUGAAACAGAGUAGCAAGAAAAAGAAAAAGAUCAGAUCGAUUAAGAAGGCGACAGAAAUAGACUUGAAGAAAAAAACUCGAAUUUUCACUGUCUCGAGAAUGCUCGCGAUCUUUUGCGCUAUUCUUGACGAAAAAGUAGAUAUUAAUGCUAAUAUACUCGCUCAAAUAUCUACCAUGUGCCAACUCGGUUUACUAACCGUCGCUGGUGAUCACAGCUUGCAGUUAGAUGAGCCAAAAUUCAAGUGUUGCACAAGUUAUGAUUUCGUUGCGGUCGUAGCUAAGACUGUUGGUUUUGAUCUUAAAAAUUAUUUGAGCAUGAGUAUAGAUUGAAAAUACUUCAUACAUUUAUGUACAAUUUGCCACGUCCAUUUUUAGUUUUAGUUUUAUAUGUGCUUACGUCCAUCUACACGUAAAGCUUUUAUUAUAUAAAUACUUCGUAAAAGUUCUAGAAUUUUUAAUAAGAAAAACUAAUAACUAAAAAAAGUAUAAAAGUAUUUUUAUAUUUAACAUAAAAAUUUAUUUAUUUUAGCAUAAUCAAGAUAUGUACAUAAUAAUUUGUGGAAAUCGAUUUAUUGUAGAGAUUUAAGAUAUCAAAAAGUAUUGUAAUUUGUUGUGUGUCGUAAUACUGUAUAUCCAUUUUCAAAAUAAUUUUGUUAACUGUUAUAAGCAAUUAUUAAGCAGUAAUACAAUUACCAAUUGUGUAUUUAGGUGUAUAGCAUACUUUAUGACAAAUAUUGUACACAUGAUAACUAUUAAUUAAAUAUAAUUAUUAUGCACA